CAGCUGUGCCAGUCCCUGCAGGCUGCUUGGCUCUUUGGUGCACAGGUCUCCUGGCAGUGCCAGUGAUGAGUGUGAUUCGAGCUCACUCCUACAGUGUCCUAUAAAUGGUUUCUGCCUUUCAAAGUAAACAGCGCAGAUUAGGAACAUUUAUUUUCUCCUCUAUCUUUGGAUCGAAAUCGCAUUGAUAACAACAAGCCAAGGGAUGCUCGCAGAGCACCGAGAGAACAGCAGGGCUGGCUUUGGCCUCAAGAAGCCUCUUAAGAUGAAUAUGGUGAAGAGGAUCAUGGGCCGGCCACGGCCAGAGGAGUGCAGCCCGCAGGACAACGCGCUGGGCCUCAUGCACCUGCGCCGCCUCUUCUCCGAGCUAUGCCACCCACCGCGCCACAUGACACAGAAAGAGCAGGAGGAGAAGCUCUACAUGAUGCUGCCUGUUUUCAACCGGGUUUUUGGGAACGCUCCACCGAACACAAUGAAUGAGAAGUUCUCAGACCUGCUGCAGUUUACCACGCAGGUGUCCAGACUGAUGGUGACCGAGAUCAGACGGAGAGCAUCCAAUAAAUCAACAGAGGCCGCCAGCAGAGCCAUUGUGCAGUUUCUGGAAGUAAAUCAGAGCGAGGAGGCGAGCCGGGGCUGGAUGCUUUUGACCACCAUCAACUUGCUGGCCUCCUCUGGACAGAAAACUGUGGACUGUAUGACCACCAUGUCGGUGCCCUCAACCCUGGUGAAAUGUCUAUACUUGUUUUUCGACCUGCCCCACAUGCCCGAAGUUCCUGCUGCCACCCAGACUGAACUUCCCCUGGCUGACCGCAGAGCUCUGCUACAAAAAGUUUUUGUCCAGAUUCUGGUGAAGCUCUGCAGUUUUGUGUCUCCGGCAGAGGAACUUGCUCAGAAGGAUGAUCUACAGCUACUCUUCAGUGCCAUCACUUCCUGGUGUCCCCCUCACAACCUGCCCUGGAGGAAGAGCGCUGGAGAGGUUCUCACCACUAUUUCCCGGCAUGGCCUCAGCGUCAAUGUCGUCAAGUAUAUCCAUGAGAAAGAGUGUUUGUCGACAUGCAUCCAAAACAUGCAGCAGUCAGAUGACCUCUCCCCUCUGGAAAUUGUGGAGAUGUUCGCUGGGCUCUCAUGUUUUUUGAAGGACUCGAGUGACGUUUCUCAGACGCUAUUGGACGACUUCCGCAUGUGUCAGGGCUACACCUUCUUGAUCGACCUUAUGAUCAGGUUGGAACAGGCCAAAGAGGAUGAAUCCAAAGAUGCUCUAAGGGACCUAGUGAACCUGGUGACAGCUCUGACCACAUAUGGUGUCAGUGAACUGAAGACAGCUUGUAUCACCACCGGUGCACCCUUCCUGCUUCCAGGUUUUGUGGUUCCACAGCCUUCUGGGAAAGGCCACACAGUCAGAAACAUCCAGGCCUUCUCUGUCCUACAGAAUGCCUUCUUGAAGGCCAAGAGUGGUCGACUAGCUCGCAUGAUCCUCGAAGCCAUCGCCAACAUCUAUGCCGCCGACUACGCUAACUAUUUCAUCCUGGAGGCUCAACACACGCUGUCGCAGUUUGCAGAGCGGGUGGCCAAGCUACCGGAGGUGCAGUCCAAGUACUUCGAGCUGUUGGAGUUUGUCGUCUUGGCGCUCAAUUAUGUACCGUGCAAAGAGCUUUUCAGUGUCAGCGUGCUUUUGAAGUCGAGCACGUCCUACAGCUGCUGCAUCACGGCCACUCGCACUCUUCUCAAGUUGGGACGCCACCACCCUGUCUUCAGUGAUGUCUUCCGUGAGUUCGGAUUGCUUGAAGUGCUGGUUAAUCUGCUGCACAAAUAUGCAGCGCUGUUAAAAGAACCAUCGCAGGCCCAUGGCGAGCAAGGCGAUUCCAAGAACAAUGUUGCUGAAGAGCAAAAGCAGCUUGCCUGGCUUGUCAUGGAGACGCUCACUGUUCUCCUGCAAGGCUCAAAUACCAAUGCAGGUUUAUUUCGUGAGUUUGGCGGCGCGCGGUGCGUGCACAACAUCGUGAAGUACCGUCAGUGUCGCGAGCAUGCUCUGAUGAUCAUUCAGCAGCUGGUGCUGUCGCCAUCUGGGGAUGAUGACAUGGGCACGCUGCUGGGCCUUAUGCACUCUGCGCCAUCAACAGAACUACAGCUCAAAACAGACAUAUUGAGGGCUUUGCUAGCUGUCCUCCGGGAGAGCCAUCGAACACGCACCGUCUUUCGCAAGGUGGGCGGCUUCGUGUACGUGACCUCACUGCUGGUUGCCAUGGAGCGGUCUCUCUGUUCUCCACCUGUCAGCGGCUGGGAGAAGGUCAACCAGAACAAAGUCUUUGAACUUCUGCACACUGUAGUCAGCACGCUAACAGCAGCCAUGCGCUACGAACCCGCCAACUCGCACUUCUUUCGCACCGAGAUCCAAUACGAGAAGCUGGCUGACGCGGUGCGACUCCUGGGUUGCUUUUCCGAUGCUAAGAAAGUUGGUCCUUCGACCGUUUUCCCAUCAAACGCCCAACCAUUCCAGCGGUUACUGGAGGAUGAGAUCAUACCGGCAGAAAACGUUUGUCCAACACUGAAACACUGCAGCAAGCUGUUCAUCUACCUGUACAAGAUGGCCACAGACUCAUUCGACAGUCGUGCUGAGCAGGUGCCUCCCUGCUUGACUCACGAGACCUCGUUGCCCUCUCCAUGGGGCACGCCAGCAAUCGCCAGGAAGAGACAUGGCUACCACGGCUCAUCCAAUUCGGCUCCUGGUAAACCUUUAACGGACCUGAAGGUGCACUUAGGAAAUCCCUCUCAGCACUCCUCAGACCCGGUAGUCAUUCACCCUGGAGCAGUGUUGGCAAUGCUAGACCUUCUUCCUUCUGUUUCGUCUGACACACAGCCUGAGCACGCUCUGGAUCUUCAGUUAGCGGUUGCUAACAUCCUGCAGCUUCUGGUGCAUUCGGAGAGGAACCAGCAGAUCCUUUGUGAGGCGGGUCUGCAUUCACGUCUACUUCAACGCUGUAGCUGUGCUUUAGGAGAUGAAGAUCACCCGCUCCACCCACCCCUACAAAGGAUGUUUGAGCGACUGGCCUCUCAGGCCCUACAGCCCAUGGUGCUCAGGGAAUUUCUACGGCUUGGAAAUCCUCUGAAUUGCGGGGCUUGGGACAAAAAGCUCCUGAAGCAGUAUCGGGUCCACAAACCGAGCUCUCUCAGCUAUGAGGCUGAAAUGCGAAACAGCAUGACCUUGUCCAUGGAGGGUUUUGGGCCAGACAGCGUGUUUACAAUUAAUGAGGACAACAGCCAAUACCGGAUCAGUCGGAGUCUUGUGCGAUCGGCCGAGGGCAGCACUGUGCCCCUCACCCGAGUCAAGUGCCUGGUCUCCAUGACGACGCCCCAUGACAUCCGUCUCCAUGGCUCAUCCGACACACCUGCUUUCGUGGAGUUUGACACGUCAUUAGAGGGGUUUGGCUGUUUGUUUUUGCCCAGUCUGGCUCCUCACAACGCACCCUCCAGCAAUGCCAACACAUCUGGAGUUAGUGACGGGGCGGUGGUCAGCGGUAUGGGAAAUGGAGAGCGAUUCUUUCCACCUCCAUCUGGCCUGAGCUACUCGACGUGGUUUUGUGUUGAACGCUUCAGCACACCGCCACAGAGCCACGCGGUUCGUCUGCUCACAGUGGUGCGGAGGGCCACCUCAUCCGAGCAGCAUUACGUGUGCCUGGCCAUUGUGCUCUCCGCUAAGGACCGAUCUCUAAUUGUGUCCACCAAGGAGGAACUGCUUCAGUCCUACAUGGAUGACUUCAGUGAGGAGUCCUCGUUCUAUGAGAUCCUGCCCUGCUGCGCUCGCUUCCGAUGUGCUGACAUCAUCACCGAGGGACAGUGGCACCACCUGGUGUUGGUUAUGAGCAAAGGAAUGCUGAAGAACAGCAUGGCAACUCUCUACAUUGAUGGUCAGAUGGUCAACACAGUCAAGCUGCACUAUGUUCACAACGCCCCUGGCGGAUCGGCCUCCGCAAACCCACCCGUGGUGAGCACGGUGUACAGCUACAUCGGCACGCCACCGGCCCAACGCCAGCUCUCCGCUCUGGUCUGGCGACUGGGGCCCACACACUUUCUGGAGGAGGUGCUGCCUGCUGCAAGUGUUGCUGCCAUCUAUGAGCUGGGACCAAAUUAUGUUGGCAGUUUCCAAGCUGUUUACAUGCCAUGUAAAGACUCAAAGACUGAGGCUGUGCCGCCCUGCCCUGUUGCUUUAGUCCCAGAGGAAAAGGUCUCCUUCAGCCUCUAUGCACAUUCUGUAUCAUUUCUCACUGUGGCCAAGAUCAGAAAGGUCUACAAUAAACUGGACAGCAAAGCUAUUGCCAAACAGCUUGGGGUUUCCUCUCAUGACAGCGCCACACCAGUCAAGCUUGUCCACAACGCAGUGGGCCAUCUCAAUGGACCUGCCAGAAAUAUCGGAGCAGCAGUCAUUGGUUACCUGGGUGUGCGUGCCUUCGUUACCAAACCUGUGGCAACAAACCUACAGUACACGGGAGGAGCAGCAGCCAUUCUUGGCCUGGUUGCUAUGGCAUCGGAUGUUGAGGGUCUCUAUGCUGCAGUUAAAGCAUUAGUGUGUGUUGUGAAAAGCAACCCUCUGGCUAGCAAAGAGAUGGAGCGCAUCAAAGGCUACCAGCUUUUGGCCAUGUUGUUGAAGAAGAAACGGCCAUUGUUGAACAGCCAUAUUCUGCAUCUGACUUUCUCUCUGGUUGGGACUGUGGAUAGUGGCCACGAGACUUCUAUCAUUCCAAACUCCACGGCUUUCCAGGAUUUACUCUGUGAUUUUGAUGUUUGGCUUCAUGCUCCCUACGAACUGCAUCUUUCUCUUUUCGAGCACUUCAUUGAACUUCUGACUGAAUCAAGUGAAGCUGCUAAGAAUGCCAAACUAUUGCGGGAGUUCCAGCUGAUCCCCAGACUGUUGCUUACACUGAGGGAUCAGUCUCUGUCUCAGCCCACCAUUGCUGCCAUAGGCAAUGUCCUCAGUCUGCUGCUGCAGGGCUUUCCCAACUCCUAUGACCUGCUCAGAUUUGGGCAGUUCAUCUCCUCAACGUUACCAACAUUUGCAGUUUGUGAGAAGUUUGUUGUUAUGGAGAACACCAAUGAGGAGAAAAUCGACAGAGGAAUUGACGAUGAGUUUGGAGGCCUUCUGUCAUCCAACCUCAUUCUUCUGCGAAACAGACUGCUUGACAUCCUGCUCAAGCUGCUCUUCACCUGCAAAGAGAAGAACACAGUUAACGCACAAGCUUGCGAGGAGCUUGUACGCACUUUGGGUUUUGAUUGGUUGCUUAUGUUUAUGGAAGAGCACGUUCACUCCAGCACGGUGACGGCAGCUCUCUUGAUCUUGGUGGUGUUGCUGAGUAACCAAUCCAUCCUGAGCCGGUUUAAGGAGGGCCUGACAGGAGGUGGCUGGCUGGACCACACAGACUCUGUGCUCACUAAUAAGAUUGGCACUGUUCUGGGUUUUAACGUCGGUCGAAGUGCAGGAGGCAGGUCAACGGUGCGUGAAAUCAACAGAGAUGCCUGCCAUUUCCCAGGAUUUCCUGUCUUGCAAACACUGCUGCCCAAACACACCAAUGUUCCCGAGAUCUACUUCAUGCUCAUGGCCCUCUUCCUUCAGCAGCCAAUCACAGACCUACCUGACAGCCUUCAGGUACAUUUUGACUUGGACUCUAUCUGGACGUUUAUAUUUGGUGUCCCAGCUUCCAGCGCUACAGUGAUGGGCUCCAUUCACAACAUGUGCACUGAAGCAGCAUUCCUGCUCUUAGCCAUGCUGCGCAGCAUGCUGAACCUGCCUUGGCAGUCAGAAGAGGAGGGUUCCUGGUUGAGAGAAUAUCCAAUCACUCUCAUGCAGUUUUUCCGAUACCUCUACCACAACAUCCCAGACCUGGCACCUAUGUGGCACAGCCCAGACUUCUUGUGUACACUUGCUGCUACAGUUUUCCCUUUCAAUAUUCGGCCCUAUUCUGAGAUGGUGACUGAUUUGGAUGAUGAAGCCGGCUCACCCGCAGAAGAGUUUAAAGCCUUUGUUACAGACACAGGCAUGAACCGCAGCCAGUCCGAAUACUGUAACGUGGGCACUAAAACGUACCUGACCAACCACCCAGCCAAGAAGUAUGUUUUUGACUUUAUGAGGGUCCUUAUAAUGGACAACCUGUGCAUGACACCUGCCAGCAAGCAGACCCCCAUCAUUGAUCUUCUGCUAGAGGCCUCGCCAGAGCGCUCCACCAGAACUCAGCAGAAAGAGUUUCAGUCCUACAUCUUGGACAGUGUGAUGGAGCAGCUCCUCGCAGCAGAUGUUUUAUUGGGUGAAGAGGCAUCAUUGCCAAUAACAACUGGAGGAAGUUACCAUAUCCUGGUGAACAAUGUCUUCUAUUUCACCCAGCGUGUGGUGGAUAAGCUGUGGCAGGGAAUGUUCAACAAAGAGUCCAAGCUAGUGGUGGAAUUUAUAGUUCAACUGAUAACCCAGUCCAAAAGGCGAUCGCAGGGUUUGUCGCUGGACUCUAUCUACCAUUGUCUAAACCGAACAAUCCUCUACCAGCUCUGUCGUCCACACAAGACUGUCCCGCAGCAGGUCACACUGCUGGACUCGCUGCGCGUGCUGACAGUAAACCGAAACCUUGUGCUGGGACCCGGAAACCAUGACCAGGAUUUUGUGGCUUGUCUGGCCCACUGCUUAAUUAACCUGCACACGGGAAGUAGUGUGGAGGGCUUUGGGCUGGAGGCGGAGGCCAGAAUGACCACCUGGCAUGUUGCUGUUCCUUCUGAGAACGAGUCGGACAGUGUCCAGAGCCAAGAUGUUAGCGAAGGGCGUCAGUUGCUGCUCAAGGCAGUGAAUCGAGUGUGGACAGAGCUCAUGCACAGCAAGAGGCAAAUGCUGGAGGACAUUUUUAAAGUGUCUCUACCUGUCAAUGACAGAGGACACGUGGACAUUGCCACCGCUCGACCUGCUCUGGAGGAACCUGCUGCCAAAAGCUGGCAAAACCACUUGAUCCAUGAGAAGAAAUGCAUCAGCAGGGGCGAGACAGUUGCCCCGGCGAAUCAGUCCAAACUGUCUCGUGUCAGCAGCGGCUUUGGUCUGUCCAAACUGACUGGUUCCCGCCGCAGCAAGAAGGAAAGCGGAAUAAACAAAAACAACCUUUCUGCCCAGGAAACAUUCCAGUGGAUGUUCACGCACAUUGCUGUGGUUCGAGACUUGGUGGCAAUGCAGUACAAGGAGUAUCAAGAGAGGCAGCAGAAUGCGUUGAAAUAUGUAAUGGAUGAGUGGGCAGGGAUUGAAUACGAGCUUCUUCGGGAAAGGGGUCUCUGGGGUCCUCCUAUUGGCUCCCACCUGGAUAAAUUUCAAUUGGACAUGACAGAGGGUCCCUGUAGAAUGAGGAAGAAGAUGGUUCGAAAUGACAUGUUUUACAUACAUUAUCCUUAUGUGCCUGACCCUGAACCCAACGCCAGCACUCAGAAACCAGCGCGGUACCGGCGAGCGAUCAGCUAUGACAGUAAGGAGUAUUAUAUGCGGCUGCUGUCAGGAAACCCGGGGAUGUACCAGCACUCUAUUGAACAAAACACUGAGGGAGAGACGACACAGCAGGAGCCUGAACACGGGGAGGACACCAUCGCAAGGGUCAAAGGUCUGGUGAAGGCUCCUUUGAAGCGCUCCCGGUCCACAGCAGAUGGCGCUGAUGAUGAAAGUCAGGACCAGCUGCAGGAGUUGCUGGAGUUAGGAGCUAUGGACGAAGAGCAAAAAACAGACAACACCACGCUGCUCCGCCUGCUGGAGGAGGGAGAGAAGAUCCAGCACAUGUAUCGCUGUGCACGAGUUCAGGGUCUAGACACGAGUGAAGGGCUACUCUUAUUUGGGAAAGAACAUUUCUAUGUGAUCGAUGGCUUUACUAUGACUGUGACCAGAGAGAUUAGAGACAUCGAGACACUCCCUGCAAAUAUGCAUGAGCCCAUCAUCCCUCGAGGGGCACGGCAGAGUAAGAGUCAUCUGAAACGAACCUGCAGCAUUUUUGCUUACGAAGAUAUCCGAGAAGUGCACAAACGUCGCUACCUGCUUCAGCCAAUGGCAGUAGAAGUGUUUUCUGGAGAUGGCCGAAAUUAUCUGUUGGCUUUCCAAAAAGGAGUUCGGAACAAAGUUUAUCAGAGGUUUCUGGCAGUUGUUCCCUCGCUGGCGGACAGCUCCGAAUCGGUCUCUGGACAGCGUCCCAACACCAGUGUGGAACAGGGGUCUGGCCUUCUCAGUACGCUGGUCGGCGAGAAGUCAGUGACCCAGAGAUGGGAGAGAGGAGAAAUCAGUAACUUUCAAUAUCUGAUGCAUCUCAACACAUUGGCUGGCAGGUCAUACAACGAUCUGAUGCAGUAUCCCGUCUUUCCAUGGAUUCUGGCAGAUUUUGACUCUGAGGAACUGGACCUUAAUAAUCCAAAGACAUUCCGAAAUUUAUCCAAACCCAUGGGAGCUCAGACAGAUGACAGAUUGAUCCAGUACAAGAAAAGAUUCAAAGACUGGGAAGAUCCUAAUGGUGAGACUCCAGCGUAUCAUUACGGCACACAUUACUCUUCAGCAAUGAUUGUGGCGUCAUAUCUGGUCAGAAUGGAGCCGUUUACUCAAAUCUUCCUUAGGCUUCAGGGUGGACAUUUCGAUUUGGCCGACCGAAUGUUCCACAGUGUGCGGGAGGCGUGGUUCUCUGCUUCCAAGCACAACAUGGCUGACGUUAAGGAACUCAUCCCUGAGUUCUUCUAUCUUCCUGAAUUCCUUCUCAAUUCCAACAAUUUUGACCUUGGGAGUAAACAGAAUGGCACCAAACUUGGAGAUGUGCUUCUACCUCCAUGGGCAAAGGGAGAUCCAAGAGAGUUCAUCAGAGUUCACAGAGAGGCAUUGGAGUGUGACUACGUCAGCGCCCAUCUGCAUGAAUGGAUUGACCUGAUCUUUGGUUACAAGCAGCAAGGGCCACCAGCAGUUGAGGCAGUUAAUGUCUUUCACCAUCUCUUUUAUGAGGGCCAGGUGGACAUUUACAACAUCAAUGACCCACUUAAAGAAACCGCUACAAUUGGAUUCAUCAACAAUUUUGGACAGAUCCCAAAACAGCUAUUCAAGAAGCCACAUCCUCCAAAGCGGGUGCGCAGUAAAUCAAAUGGAGAAGUCCCUGGUGUGUCAGUUACACUGAACUCCACCUUAGACAAGAUCUUCUUCCAUCAUCUGGACAACUUGCGGCCUUCUCUGACCCCUGUCAAGGAGCUUAAGGAUCCGGUGGGUCAGAUAGUGUGCACUGACAAGGGUAUUCUGGCUGUUGAGCAAAACAAAGUGUUGGUUCCCCCUGCCUGGAAUAAGACCUUCGCCUGGGGCUACGCAGACCUCAGCUGCCGACUCGCUAACUAUGAGUCUGACAAGGCAGGGGUAGUAUAUGAGUGUUUGUCUGAAUGGGGGCAGAUCCUGUGUUCGAUCUGCCCAAACCCUAAGCUGGUCAUUACUGGAGGAUUCAGCACAGCCAUCUGUGUGUGGGAGACUGGGACCUCCAAAGAAAAAGCCAAGUCCCUCACGCUCAAACAGGCUCUUUUGGGACACACAGAUGCAGUAACAUGUCUCACAGCAUCUUCAGCUUACCACAUCAUUGUGAGUGGCUCCCGAGACCGAACUUGCAUCAUUUGGGACCUGAAUAAGCUGUCUUUCGUCACGCAGCUGAGGGGCCACCGGGCUCCUGUCUCAGCGCUCUGCAUCAACGAGUUGACCGGUGAUAUAGUGUCCUGCGCUGGAACGUACAUUCAUGUGUGGAGCAUCAAUGGAAGCCCCAUUGCCAGCGCCAACACUUUCACUGGCCGCAGCCAGCAGAUCCUCUGUUGCUGUGUCUCUGAGAUGAAUGAGUGGGACACACAGAAUGUUAUCGUCACGGGACACUCCGAUGGUGUUGUUAGGUUCUGGAGAAUUGAGUUCCUGCAAGUCCCAGAAACUCCUGCUCCAGAGCCUAUAGAGCCUCCCGAUGUGCCAGACUGCUGUGGAGAGAUGGAAGGUCGUGAUGCUCCAGACGAUGACAGCAGUGAGUCUGAGGGAGAGGAGACCAGUCUCAGUCAGGACACGAAACCUCGAACUUCAAACAGCCAGCCAAGCAGUACUGUUCACAGACCCAAACCCCGCACAGGAGCCUGGUCUGUGGACAGUGGCUCUGACGAUUCCCGCCGCUGGUCAGACACACUUAGCAUCGACGAGAAGGACGGCUUUGUUUUUGUCAACUAUUCAGAGGGCCAGAUAAGAGCAGGAAUUCCUUCGCUGCAACAUUCCCAACCCAACUCUCAAGCACCCCCACAUGGGCCAGUACCACAGCCCCUUCAGCCCAGUACUAUGGAGGCACGAUCCUAUAACAAACUCAAACCAGGCUACAGAUGGGAGAGACAGCUGGUGUUCCGGAGCAAACUCACCAUGCACACAGCGUUUGACCGCAAGGACAACGCUCAUCCUGCGGAAAUCACAGCGCUCGCCAUUUCAAAAGACCACAGUAAGAUUCUGGUGGGUGACGGCCGUGGCCGAGUGUUCAGCUGGUCUGUCAGCGAUCAGCCAGGUCGCUCCACGGCAGACCACUGGGUGAAGGACGAGCAGGUGGACAGCUGCUCUGGAUGCACUGUACGUUUCUCCCUCACUGAAAGACGCCACCACUGCAGAAACUGCGGCCAGGUCUUCUGCCAGAAGUGCAGUCGCUUCCAGUCAGAGAUCAAGCGGCUGAAGAUCUCCUCUCCUGUGCGAGUGUGUCAGAACUGUUACUACAACCUGCAACAUGAGCGGGGCUCUGAGGAGAGCCCGAGAAACUAGAUCAACCCCACCACAAUUCACACCCGUGCGCCUAAACCCCAGCUUCCCUCUAAAAAUAAAAACACCCAUCCCACUGCUCCCUGUGCAAAAUCCCUAUCUGUAAAGCACUGACGUAACUAAAAUGGGAUCACUAAUGCUCGUUUCAUAUAUCGCGGAGGUGUGACCAUUAAAGAGAGAGAGAGAGAGACGAUCUUUUACCAUUUAUGCAUUUUACUUCUGCAGUAUGCUCGGUCAUCUCAGCAUUGGCAUCAUCUACCAAGUUGGCAAUGUUUAGAUUAUAGGAAAAGCAAUGCACAUAAAACACUUCCUCCUGGAACGAGUCGACAUUUGUUUAUAUUGUAAAUACUUACAAUGGCCUUUUUAACUAGAAACAGCGAAACAAAAAGUCAUUAUUAAAAGAUAAAGAAACACGACACAUUGCUUGUAAUAUAGUAUUAUGUUAAAAAUCACUUCUGGCUUUAAAAAAAAACGAAAAGGCGAGUGCGUGUAGUUGAUGUCACGAGUCACAGCAUCCCAGUCGAAAUAUUAUUGGGGGACUAUGAAUGUUGAUAAUAUUUGUAGGUUGACAUUACUAGCGUGUCUAGUUAUGCAAACGCUUAUUUUAUUUGUUUUGUACGUUCUGUUGAAGUGUUGCCCACAGUAUCAGCAUGUUGCCAUAUAGAAAAGUUUUAAUUUUAAAUUUUGUUGCCAAACUGCCUUGAUUUGUAACUAUUAACGUAUAUUAUAACGUAUUAGAUGAUGUUAGUAUGUAAAUUUAGACGUUUUUAUCACUUUAAAUCAUUUUUAAUGACAGGGAUUCAGAUUAUAUCAGAUAUAUUAGGAAGCAGGUCUUUAGUUAGAUGAUUCCACGACCAUUUUUAUGCGUUUCACGGAAAGGAGUAUUUAUGGUAAAUGAGAGAUGUUUGUAAAUGUGAGAUGUCUGUAUGUUUUUGUGUAGUGCCAUGCGUCUGUCUUUUUCAUCCUAAUGUGAUUGAUUGUUCUUCUUAACCAAAUAUGAAUUAGACAACUUGUUACUGAUGCUAAACCAGCUCUUGACAAAGAUGAGUUUAGGUUAAAACAGCAAUUUUAAUCAUACUGUGUAUAUAUCAGUUUUAACAAUUUGCAAAGUUGCACCAGUGUAUAUGUUUUUUAGAUUAUUAAAGCAAUAGUCACUGAUAUUUUCACUCCCAUUUGCAUUUCAGCAAAGUCUGUAGCUUGAAAGUUAUUGUGUGUAAUGAUGAGAAAGGGAUUUAUCAAGUUUUAAUGUGUAAAAGAAGACUGGAAGAUUAGUGUCCUUAUACCUUUCAGGACUGAAAUUUGAUACUGUGGGCAAUACGAUAUUAAAAAUGCUGCUUUGAUUAGGAAAGAAUUUCUUUCUCUGUUACUUGCAUCCUUAAAAAGAUGAAAGUUUUGUUUUAUUCCUUGUUAUAUAAUUUCUAUCAUUAGCUAUCCAGCCUAAUAUGCACUCCUUCUAGUUUAUCAUACAUUAAUGUACUGUAAUUCAGUGUGCAAUCUUAACAUCAAGCUGUUGGGAUUUUGCUGUCAACAAGCAGCUUUAAGAUCAAAAUGGCUCUAUCAGUCUGAAAAUAUUUUUGCACCUUGACAUGUAGACAAGAAAGAAGUUGGGUUAUCGUUGUUUUUAAUCAAAUGCAUUGUUAUGUUGUGGGCUAUUAUUUUAAAAUGGUGCAUUUCAUCACAGUGAAAUGAGCUGUACAAAGUAUUUAUGCAAUUAUAAGAUUUUCUUUUUUUAUGAUUAAAUAAGUUUUGUAAUUUUUCAGCAAGUUUGUUUACUUGUUGCAUGUUUAACACAGCUGACUUUAUGUGUCAGUGUCUUGUACAUGUUUUGGCAUUACAUUUUAUUUCUCUUAUUUGUAUGGCAUUAUUCAACAAGUUGAUCCUGAAAGUUUUGUGUACAGUUUCGGUAGGUAUAUCCCACGACUUAUGAGUUGACUUUUAUAUUCUUAUAUUUCGACGUUAAGGACUGAUCCCAGGACUGAGGAAAUACACGGAUUGUCCCUUUUUGGUGGUCUUGUGAUAGACUGCAUUACUACAGUAUCUAGUGUGCAAAACUGUGGUAGCUGAAUGUUCAUUGUAUAUUUGUGUUGAAAAAAUUACAUAAAACUCUCUCCCCAUAAAGUAACCCCAUACCUGUUAUUAUAAUGCAAUAGAUAUGGUACUCAUACUUUUUAAUUUAAUGUCAAUUAAAUACUUGCUGUUUACCACCA